CAACAACAACAAAAAUUAUUGAAAAAUAUUUAAAUUGUGCAAAAUGAGGAGAAAAGUGAAAUGAUUUUCAUUGGCAAGAAAAAGAGGACAUUUGACAGAAUUGGGGCAGAUUUUGGAGGCGGCGGCUUUGUUUUUUAGCGGUGGUAAAUCGGGGCUCGGGUUCCCGGGGAUCUGAGCGCCAUGGACGGCGGGGGUCGGGAGUCCAACGGCGGCGUCGUGCACCGGAACACCAACUUCUACAUCGACGACAUUUUGCGGGCGGAUUUCGGGCGGAAGAGGAAAGGCGCGGGCCCGACGCGCGAGCCCGGCGUCACCGGAAGGAGAGACGAGCCCAAAGCCGCCACUUCCGGCCUCCGGCGGCCCGACGACGCCCGGAAAAGUGAGCUGCGAGCCGGCCAGGCGGCGGGCAAGGACCGGGGGGAGGAGCGGGGCGACGGCGCACCUGACGCCGCCAAACAGAUGCUGUGGCCGGCCUGGGUUUACUGCACGCGAUACUCGGACCGACCUUCCUCAGGUCCCAGGUCCCGCAAGGCCAAAGCGGCGCGGAGUCCGAGCAAAGACGACAAGCGGCCCAGGACGGCCUUCACGGCGGAGCAGCUUCUGCGCCUGCGCGCCGAGUUCCAGAACAAUCGCUACCUGACCGAGCAGCGCCGCAAGAACCUGGCCGAGGACCUGGGCCUCAACGAGUCCCAGAUCAAGAUCUGGUUCCAGAACAAGCGGGCCAAGAUGAAGAAGAGCAGCGCGGAGCACAACACUCUGGCGGCGCGGCUGAUGGCGCAGGGACUCUAUAACCACGCCCCCAAGGACGCCAAGGCCUCCGACAGCGACUAGCCACGCCCCCAAGUCCUCCGACAGCGACUAAACACGCCCCCCAGGACACCAAGUCCUCCGACAGCGACUAAACACGGACUGUGCGCGCGCAACUCAUCCUCAGGGCUAUGGUGGUGCGUUCAGGCACCGGGGAGAGCGUAGGAGAGAACUACAUUGUUUUGAUUGUGACGUCAUGAAAACUGCUAAAGUCCAAAGAGGUUUUUUUUUCAACAGUUUGUAUGUCCUUGUUGGUCCCUUUAGCGCUUCGAGUCCGGCGUUGCUAACACGUCCACUUCAGGUCUUCAUCCCGUGCCUUGGUCUACGCCAGGCCCCGCCCCCUUUUCUUGUCAAACACCAAUAAAUGCACAUGGUUCCAGGCUAGCUUAUUGGCUUGGUCGGCUAACAACACACACGUCCACUGCAGUGGACGUGUGUGUUUUGAAU